AUGAGGACGUCAGCAUUCAUCUCGGUCCUCCUCGCGACAAUCGUGUCGGCACACAGCGUCAUUACCUAUCCCGGCUGGCGAGGAAACAACCUCAUCACCAACGCAACAUUUCCCUACGGCAUGCAAUGGGUCUACCCAUGCGGCGGUCACAAUGUCACGACAAACAGAACAUACUGGCCCACAAGAGGCGGCGCUGUCGCUUUCCAGCCCGGCUGGUUCCGUGGCCACGAGACAGCCUUCGCCUACGUCAACAUGGGCUUUGGCGAUGAUGGUCCUGAUGGCGGCCCAGCAAACAUGACACAGCCCGUUGUCCCCAUGUUCCAGAUCCUCGGUCCCACCAACAAUCCCUUCCCAGGAACCAUCUGCCUCCCUCAAGUGCCUCUGCCCAAAAACACCACCGUCAAGGCAGGCGACAAGGCUACAAUCCAGGUCGUAGAACUCGCCGUCCACGGCGCAGCUCUGUACUCUUGCGUCGACAUCAUCUUCGCUGAACCAGGAGACAAGAGAAUCGCCGAAGUUAACGAGACAAACUGCUUCAACUCCACCGACAUCGGCUUCGCAGAAAUCUACACCAUCACGACCAAAGCAUCCGGCUCCGACGCCUACGUUAGCGAAUCCGGCGCGACACAAACACUGCGCCAGCUCAACAUGGCAGGCUGGCUACCGCUCGUGGCAGCGGGUGCCUAUGCCCUGUUUGCGUGA